AUCCACACUGAAGGUUGAUGAACUGGUCUUCUUUAAGGACAGCUCAGCUCUUCCCUCCAGUGAGUAAGGCAUGCAGCAAGCAGUGGCAGGGCUGCACUUUCUCUUAAUUAUUCCUCUGAGCAGCAGGUGGAGGGAGUCCUGAGAUGCAGGGAUGCUCUGAAGGACAAAGCAGCUUGCUGGAUACACAUCUUUAUGAAGAGUGGGACCACAACCUUUUUUCUUCCACUUAUGCUUUGAAGAGACAGAUUCCAGCAGCACAGAAAACCCAAGUAAAUGGAGCACAAUCACAUAUACAACAGUUCCCUUCUUUCUCACAAGUAUGGCUGUGGCUUGGGAUAUGUUCCAGUUAUAUAUUACAGCCUCUUGCUUUGUUUAGGCUUACCAGCUAACAUCCUGACAGUAAUCAUCUUAUCGCAGCUUGUGGCCCGCAGGCAGAAAUCUUCUUAUAACUACCUACUGGCUUUGGCUGCGGCAGACAUCAUGGUCCUUUUCUUCAUCGUGUUUGUUGAUUUUCUCUUGGAGGACUUUAUCCUAAACAAGCAGAUGCCUCAAGUCCUAAACAAAGUGAUCGAAGUCCUGGAGUUUUCUUCCAUUCAUACAUCCAUUUGGAUUACUGUCCCUUUGACAAUCGAUAGAUACAUAGCAGUUUGCCACCCUCUUACAUAUCAUACUGUAUCAUUUCCAGCCCGCACAAGGAAAGUCAUUGUUAGUGUUUAUAUUACCUGUUUUGUGACUAGUAUCCCAUACUAUUGGUGGCCAAAUAUUUGGAUUGAGGAUUACACAAGUACAUCGGUCCAUCAUAUACUCAUCUGGAUCCAUUGCUUCACUGUCUACUUGGUACCAUGCUCCAUUUUCUUCAUUCUAAACUCAAUCAUUGUAUACAAGCUCCAAAGGAAAAGUAGUUUUCGAUUAAGAGGAUACUCCACCGGAAAAACGACAGCCAUUUUGUUUACAAUCACAUCUAUUUUUGCCAUUCUUUGGGCACCAAGAAUAAUUAUGAUACUCUACCAUCUGUAUGUAUCUCCCAUAGAUAACAGCUGGUUAGUGCAUAUUGUUACAGAUGUCGCUAACAUGUUAGCUUUGCUAAACACAGCAAUUAAUUUCUUCCUGUAUUGUUUUAUAAGUAAGAGAUUCCGUACAAUGGCAGCUGGAACACUGAAGGCUUUUUUUAAGUGCCAGAAACAACCAGUCCAGUUUUACACAAACUACAACUUUUCUAUAACUAGUAGCCCCUGGAUCUCCCCUGCCAAUUCUCAUUGUAUUAAAAUGUUUGUUUAUCAAUACGAUAAAAAUGGAAAGCCACUAAAAGUUUCACCUUGAAGGAUAGAAAUUGAGAAAAGUUUUGGAGAUAUAUCUUAUUGAAAAGGUGU